CUCCAUUCAAUAGACCAAAAGACGGAGUGGGCUCAUUUCCCUUUUUGACUACCUUUGGGUCUCGACGUUUGACGGUUUCACUCCUAUACAAAAAAUAAGUGGUAAAAAUGUGUAUCCUUUUUAUCCUCUUGGUUGUUUCCGUGAUGACGUUUCUGCCCAGCUUCCAUGUGUCCUGCUCCAAUGAAAACUGUGCAGAAAAACCUGAGUUCACUCAAUCCAGUCUGGUGGUGCAGUUCGGGAAGCCGACCUCCGCCCUCUGCUCUCUGUCCUCUUUUCACAACAUAUUUGAUAUUGAAAGCCCUAUUGGAGUCCGAAAAAGGAAUGGGACAACGGUUUCAUGGACCGUCAACAGCAUGACUGAGUGGAACAUUCGUUUAUCGUGCUAUUAUACCAAUGACACUACUGAUGAGCAGUGCUUCAGCAUCUUGCCUAUAACUGUCUACAAGCCUCCGGAUAAUGUCUCCAUCAGCUUCGUAAAUCACGCCGGGCCGCUGUCUGCGGGUCAGCAGUACACUCUGCAGUGUGACGUACAGGAUGUUGCUCCUGUGAAAAACCUCACAGUGACUUUCUACAGAGGACAGACAGUACUGGGUGAACUAAAGAGUAAUAAAGACCAGAAGAAACCAGUGAGUGAGGUCUUCACUUUGAACAUCACGUCCACUAAAGAAGACAAUGGACUCCAGUUCUGGUGUGAAGCAAAGCUGGAGCUGGGAGCUGAAGGACCACAGCAGCCUCCAGUGGUGGAGUCAGAGAAACUCAACGCCACCGUCCUCUAUAAACCUCAGCGUUUGGCGUCCUACCCUUCAGAUCCAAUCAUCAUCACAGAAGGAAACCCUCUGCAACUGAACUGCUCUUCUGUGGGAAACCCCCCACCAUCGUAUGCAUGGAAGACCCCGCCAGGACUCCCCCCCUCCUCCAAUGGCAGCAUCUUCUUCAUCACCUCUACAACUCCUGAAAAUGAAGGGUCCUACAACUGUUCUGUCAUCAAUGACAAAGGAUCGCUAUUUGUGACGUUUAACGUGAAGGUCCGAGCCCCGGAGUUACCUUCAACCAGUCUUCCUACAACAACAACAUCAACCCCAACCACUGCAAUGACAACAACAACAACAACAACAACAACAGCUCCAAACAGAGGUACCUGCAGCAAACUGCUCCACAGUUUCAUUAUGGGUUUCCUGCUUUUAUUCUCUGCUCUGGUGUGAGGUCAUUUCCAGAGAACGUACAGUAGAGGAGGCUGUAUAUAACUAUAGCAUGCAACGUGUUUUCCACUAGAGAAUAUAUUUGGAAAAUGAAAUGUAUUCCAUCGACGUAUAUGUAGCUCUAAUUUGAUAUCAAUAAAUCCAGUUUGCGAAAUACA